AUGGAAGGCGACGAGGUUAUCGCCUCGGUCUACCGCAAAAUCGAGCGGGAGAAGGCCCUCAUCGCCGCCGCUAGUAAUAUGCGGCAGUCUACCGACAAUCCUCUCGUGCAACAACGUGUCGACGCCAACAUCCGCGAUGGCCGCAAAAAUAUCGCUUACCUCGAGGAGAAAAUGCGAGAGCUCCAGAUCCGUUACAUGCCCGACGACGGUGGCUCACCCCAAAGCCAGCGUCACGCGCCAGGCUCUGGACCCCCUCCCCCGCCCAAGGACUAUGCCGGGUACUUUGGCGAUGGCGACGGCGACGCCCACGGAUAUGCUCAGGGAGGCACCGGCUCGAUGCCUUCGGGCGCUCCAUUCCCCGACCCCCGCCCGUACGCCCCGAUUCCCAAGGCGCGGCCAAACUACACCAAGCUCGAUCUUAUCAAAUAUGACACUCAGUAUCUCGGCCCGAAAAUCCAGCUCAUGCUGUCCCAGCUGGAGUUCAAGUUGAGUGUGGAGAAACAAUACAAGGCAGGUAUCGAGAAGAUGGUCCGCUUGUACCAGGAUGAGGGUGAUCGGAAGAGCCGCGCCGAUGCAGAGGGCCGUCGCAUCGAGAGUAACCAGAAGAUUCAGCUGCUGAAGCAGGCUCUGAAGCGAUACGAGGAUCUCCAUGUUGAUAUUGAAUCUUCCGAUGCUCCAGAUGAUGAGAGUCUAAGCAGUCCCAACAUGCGCAAGCCGUUGACCGGUCUUCUUACAAUGCGAAUUCAUGCGGUGAAGGAUGUGGAUCAUGCCGCCAGCUCCCGAUUCUCCCGCGGCCCAGAAACAUAUGUCAUUGUCAAGGUGGAAGAUACAAUCAAGGCGAGGACGAAAGCGACUCGGGUCGACAAAUGGCUGGACGAGGCAUUCUCCAUCGACAUCGAUAAAGCGAACGAGAUCGAGCUUACGGUCUACGAUAAGUCUGGAGACCGUCCGACCCCCAUUGGUAUGCUGUGGGUGCGCAUCUCCGAUAUUGCAGAAGAGAUGCGUCGCAAGAAGAUUGAGACGGAGUUGAAUGCCUCUGGUUGGGUGUCUGCCGACAAAAUGGAGAACUCCGGCGGUAAUCGAUCCGACCACCCUGGAUCACCCCAGGGCUCCUCCCACGGCGCCAGCUAUGGAGGAAUGGGUCCUGCUACAGGACAGCAGGGAGGCGAUAAUGCGAAUAUCCCCCCAACUGUGAUGAUCGAUUCAUGGUUUGCCCUGGAGCCAUUUGGCCGUAUUCAUCUGUCAAUGAGCUUUGCCAAGCAACUCAAAGACCGUCGGCCUUUCGAUAUCGGUCUCAACCGCCAGGGUGCCGUGCGCCAGAAGAAGGAAGAGGUUCACGAAAAGCAGGGCCACAAAUUCGUUACCCAGCAGUUCUACAACAUCAUGCGCUGCGCGCUGUGCGGAGAGUUCCUCAAGUACGCUGCGGGCAUGCAGUGUGCGGACUGCAAGUAUACCUGUCACCGCAAGUGCUACCAGAAGGUCGUCACGAAGUGCAUCAGCAAGGCGAACUACGAGACCGACCCCGACGAGGAGAAGAUCAACCACCGCAUCCCUCACCGUUUCGAGGGCUUCUCCAAUAUCUCCGCCAACUGGUGCUGCCACUGCGGUUACCUGCUUCCCUUUGGACGCAAAAAUGCCAAGCGAUGUACCGAAUGUGCCCUUACGUGUCACGCUCAUUGCACGCACCUUGUGCCUGAUUUCUGUGGCAUGUCGAUGGAAGCGGCGAACCAGAUCCUGGAGACCUUGAUUCGCGCAAAGAAUCAUAACAAGUCAACAUCUGUUAGUUCCGGUCUUAGCGGCCGUACCCUUCGACCAGGCGGUCCGCCGCAACCCCCUCAAGACAAUGCCGCCCUCUCCUACCCCCAGAAACCCACCGAGGGCCCCUACGGGGCACUUCCCAGACAACCCUCCGCAGAAGCGGUAAGCGCUGCGACUAACUCCUUCAUGACUCCACAGUCACCAACGGCUGCUUCACAGGCUGCUCAACGCCAUCCAUUGUCACCGAAAUCGCCUCCAGGGCCCGCGGCUGCGGCCGCUGCAGCGGCGACCGGCUUGCGUAGCCCUACACAGCAGACGCCAGCGGAAAUGACCCGUCCUCCUGUGCAGCAUCAACAGCCUCCUCCUUCUCAUGCCCACUAUGACCCAUCCGUCUACGCUAAUUUCCAGAAACCUCCUCCGCCUCAGGCAAUGCAGCAGCAGCCGGUUGGACCACCCGCACAUUACGGGAUGCCUCCGCCCCAGCAGCAGCAGAUGCAGACCAUGCCGCAACAGGUCGCAGUGCCCGUUAAGGAGGAGGCGCCUGCCAAGACGCGCAUUGGAUUAGAUCACUUCAACUUCCUCGCUGUUCUCGGUAAGGGUAAUUUCGGAAAAGUCAUGCUGGCUGAGACCAAGAGCACUCGCAAGCUCUAUGCCAUCAAGGUGCUGAAGAAGGAAUUCAUCAUCGAAAAUGACGAAGUGGAGAGCACCAAGUCCGAGAAGCGUGUUUUCCUGAUCGCCAACAAGGAGCGUCACCCAUUCUUGCUCAAUUUGCACGCGUGUUUCCAGACGGAGACUCGUGUUUACUUUGUCAUGGAGUAUAUCAGUGGUGGUGAUCUGAUGCUGCACAUUCAGCGCGGCCAGUUCGGUUUGAAGAGGGCACAGUUCUAUGCUGCGGAGGUCUGCUUGGCUCUCAAGUAUUUCCAUGAGAACGGUGUCAUCUACCGUGAUCUGAAGCUUGACAACAUCCUCUUGACCCUCGACGGGCACAUCAAGAUCGCCGAUUACGGUCUCUGCAAAGAGAACAUGUGGUACGGCUGCACCACCAGCACAUUCUGUGGUACUCCCGAAUUUAUGGCACCUGAGAUUCUGCUUGAUAAGAAGUAUGGCCGCGCAGUUGACUGGUGGGCCUUCGGUGUCCUUAUCUACCAGAUGCUUCUGCAGCAGUCUCCUUUCCGUGGUGAAGAUGAGGAUGAAAUUUACGAUGCUAUCCUUGCCGAUGAGCCUCUCUACCCCAUCCACAUGCCUCGCGACUCAGUUUCCAUCCUGCAGAAGCUGCUGACUCGCGAGCCUGAGCUGCGUCUUGGUUCCGGCCCUACCGAUGCCCAAGAGGUGAUGUCGCACGCUUUCUUCCGCAACAUCAACUGGGACGACAUUUACCACAAGCGCGUUCCUCCGCCAUUUAUCCCCACUAUUAGCAGCCCGACCGAUACCAGCAAUUUCGACCAGGAGUUCACCAGCGUCACUCCUGUCUUGACGCCCGUUCAAUCCGUGCUCUCACAGGCCAUGCAGGAAGAAUUCCGCGGCUUCUCGUACACUGCCGACUUCGCUUGA